CUGGGCGGCCGGGCGCGCGGAGCGGGCGGAGCGAGCUCCCGGGACCGAGCGCGGGCGGAGCGGGGCCGGAGCAGGCGCGCAGCGGCGGCCGCCCCGGGGGAUGCGGCUGCCUGCCCGGGCCGGCGUGUAGGGAGGGCGGGUCCCCGGCCUCGGCGCGCGGCGGUGGAGGGGACCUAGACCGCGGCCAUGGCGACCCCCGGCAACCUGGCGUCCGUGCUGGCGAGCAAGACCAAGACCAAAAAGAAGCACUUCGUGGCUCAGAAAGUGAAGCUGUUCCGGGCCAGCGACCCGCUGCUCAGCGUGCUCAUGUGGGGGGUCAACCACUCGAUCAAUGAACUGAGCCAUGUUCAAAUCCCUGUCAUGUUGAUGCCUGAUGACUUCAAAGCCUACUCAAAGAUAAAGGUGGAUAACCACCUCUUUAACAAGGAGAAUAUGCCGAGUCAUUUCAAAUUCAAGGAGUACUGCCCGAUGGUCUUCCGGAAUCUUCGGGAGAGGUUUGGGAUCGACGACCAAGACUUCCAGAAUUCCCUGACCAGAAGUGCACCCCUUCCCAACGACUCCCAGGCGCGCAGCGGGGCUCGCUUUCACACAUCCUAUGACAGAAGAUAUGUCAUCAAGACCAUUACCAGCGAGGACGUGGCAGAGAUGCACAACAUCCUCAAGAAGUACCACCAGUAUAUAGUGGAAUGUCAUGGGGUCACUCUUCUUCCUCAGUUCCUGGGAAUGUACCGGCUUAAUGUCGACGGAGUGGAAAUUUACGUGAUUGUCACAAGGAAUGUGUUCAGCCACCGUUUAUCUGUAUAUAGGAAGUACGACUUAAAGGGCUCUACAGUGGCUAGAGAAGCUAGCGACAAAGAAAAGGCCAAAGAAUUGCCAACCUUAAAGGAUAAUGACUUCAUCAAUGAGGGCCAAAAGAUUUAUAUUGAUGACAACAACAAAAAGAUAUUCCUGGAAAAACUGAAAAAAGAUGUCGAGUUCCUUGCACAGUUAAAACUCAUGGACUACAGCCUCCUGGUGGGCAUCCACGACGUGGAGCGAGCAGAGCAAGAGGAGGUGGAGUGUGAGGAGAACGACGGGGAAGAGGAGGGGGAAAGCGACAGCACCCACCCGGUCGGGACCCCACCAGACAGUCCUGGAAACACCCUCAACAGCUCACCACCCUUGGCUCCCGGCGAGUUUGAUCCAAACAUUGAUGUUUAUGCAAUUAAAUGCCAUGAGAACUCCCCUCGAAAAGAGGUGUACUUCAUGGCGAUUAUUGACAUCCUCACUCAUUACGACGCAAAGAAGAAAGCUGCCCACGCCGCAAAAACCGUGAAGCAUGGCGCUGGAGCUGAGAUCUCGACUGUGAAUCCAGAACAGUAUUCAAAGCGCUUUUUGGACUUUAUUGGGCACAUCUUGACGUAACCUCCUGCGUAGCCCAGAUGGACAUGAGCACCGGAAGGCAGCUGGUGGCUUUGCUGCAGGAAAAAGGAAAACCAAAUUCGAUGAAGCACGACCUUGCAGGAAGCAAACCUCCUUGUUUACAUCUUCAAGCCCAGAUGACUGAAGUGGGGGGCUACUCGCUUUAACAGCUACCUGGUAUUUCCCAGCAUCCUCCUAGCUAUUUCUGACUCUGUAUGUGCGCGUGUGCAUGCGCACGCACACAUGCUCUCGAGCACAUUUUUAAUUAAUUAAUUAAUUAAAACCAAUCCGCUUGAAUCAGAGCUUGUAACAACUGAACCCCUCUGAUUCCAGCUGUGACUGGGUAGAUGAAGGGACGAGCCUAUGGGGGAGGGGAAGCGGAAAUGCAUGGCAGCACAGCACCAUGGCAACACCUCAAGAUAAACUGUAGGUCAGUUUGCUUUCUGAGCUGGAGGAUGUGAGCUUGUUCAUCAUGGUGGUGGUGGUGGUGAUGAUUACAAGGAAGAAAAGAUCACUUCAAAUGUUACACUCCUGGCCCUCAGAAAUAGCACCCCUGAGUGUGGGUCACUAGGCCCACAGCCCCAGGCAAAAUGCUAGCAUUCCCCGUGAACUGGUUCAGGGCUCUUCGUGUCCCCACCCCCAGUGGUCCCAGGCUGAGCUUUCAUCUUCCAAGAGUCUGAUGCCAAGAGACUGUCUACACUCUCACCUCCAGGAAACCCGCCUGCUGCUCUCUUCUCACCUGGAGACUCAUUGUCACGCCCUCAUGCUGAGCUGCAGAAAUUCACUCUGCAAACAGAUGUAGAACCUCCCUGAAUAGUUGCGGCUAUGGCAGCAACACCUCCACCGCAGGAAGAGGAGGCGAGACCCUCCUGUGACUGAAGGCAGUCCUAACAUCCGAGGUUUAUGUUCGACCAUUUGAGGAGUGGAAUUUUGUUAUGAAUUAUCCCUUUAACUGAAACCCUCAGUUUUACUGUUUACAUGGUUAGAAAAACAGGGAUAUUUUUGAAUCUAAAAAUUUAAUAUACAACAUGUGAUUUUUGAAGUUUACAUGUAAAGCCAUUUUGCAGUGUAGGGAACGUAAUGUUUGUUGUGUUUUGAGGUAUGUCUUGCAGUUGUGUUUUGAGUGAGUGUUUUGUUCAGAGUACUUAGUAGACAGUCUUUCACAUAAAGCAAAAGGAUUUUGUUCCUUAAGAUGUGUAUUUAUCAACCUAAUGGGUUUUUUUAUAAAAAGAUUAAACCCAAAAUCUGGUUAUGUAAGUUCAUUGCCCUAAACUGUGAUGAUCGUGUUUAAGUAAGUUAAAAAACCUUCCUGCAUCAAUCAUGUAUCCACCACUUCCCUGUGUCCCUAAAAGGCCUCAAGUUACAGAAUACUAGAUUCGCUUAGAACACGUUACCAACUUACAUGCUGUGCUGCAGCUGUGCCUUUAAAAGUCCCUGUCUGAUGUGUGAGGUGGUUUCUGUGGGCAGUUUUAGAAAGGAAAAAAAAAAUCCACCCUUCAGUUAUUACAAGUCCCCAAGCCCCCGGCCAGGCUGCCUUCCCAGUCAGUCACUUUACUUCUGUCUGUCCAGAUACGGCUGUGCCCCACAUGUGUGGGCUGCCUUCACAGCAUCUGGACAUCGGCGUCGGCACCCCCUGACCCCUGUGCAUUGACCUGCCACAGAUUCAUUAGCUGACAACGUUAACGCCACUGUAACAUAGUUGUACAAAUCUGUGUUUGAUGAAUUUGACAUAAUCGAGGCUGUAUGAUCAGUUUCCGGGCACUGUUAACUGUGGUGUCCGAUCUGUUUGAGUAUUUUGGAGCUCUGCCGUAACCUCUGAUCCCCAAACUGACAAACCCACAGCCCUAAAGAUGAAGGUACACAUCAUGAUCUGAUGUGGCAUUCCCUCUGUGGCCAACCUGUCUGCUUUUAGACGUUUACAAACAUGCUUUGGUUUUGUCUGUAACCAUCUCCGUCAUCCAAAUCAGCUGUUGGAACAAGAGCAAGGACAGGAGCUAACAGUGCGCUCAAGUUGUGAGCCAAGCUUUGUGAAUAAAGCACUUUGAUGACUCUCA